UAUGCAAUUGAUUUACCUUUGAACGCGGUGUCCUAAAUUCAGUUACAGCAAAUUCUCUAGAAAGCCUGUGUCUUAUAAACAUCAAAUGGUAGUAGUAUGGCAAAGAGAGACAAGAGACAAAGACAGACUUUUCCUGGGCCCAAUCCUAGUGAAAAUCAACAGAUGCUAAACGACAUUAGAACCACCCUGGGCACAAAUGCCCAGGCUACCAGCACCGCUAGCACAGCCAGUGACCGUGAAGGCUCGGCUGGCCCUGCUCAAGCUUUGAGCACAGACAAAGAGCCUAGAGAGGAUAGAGAAUCAUCUAGGAGAUCGCCACCUAGCGAUCGUGAACUGACAAGUGCUUCUCCCAGCAACACACAAAGAAUUGUACAGCGCAGCUCAAGUCGUACGCCUACCAAACAGUUGACUUCACAUGGGACCAAAGAGAAACUACGAGAGAUCAAGAAGAGCUUAGGUCCUUUUGCUUAUUCAGAUCCAGGAUUUCACCACCCUGCCCAAGACAAAGUGAACAAAGCUAUGUUGGUACAACUCAUCAGUCUGGGAUACAACGAGAAUUCCUCCGUGAAUGCUCUGCUAGCUUGCAACAAUGAAAGCGUGGAUGCUGCCCUGGACAUGCUACAGCAAAGGGAUUUCAAAAAAAAGACCCAUGGGUUGUCCGCCAUCCAUGAAGAUUCCCCUUCUAGUCUCCGAGCAUCAACCACACAGCAGCCACCUCAACCAGACAAUAGUUCUCCCUCACCCAACUAUGAGCAGAGAAGAAAUCGAAGAAGAUCCCCAGAAAAAAUGUCAUCUGGCUCCCCAUACCCCUCUCGACCAGAAUGUCAGUAUGAAACUGGAGGUAUUUCAAGAAUAUCUCCUAUAACACUUCCUGGCUUCCAAACUCCGAUCAAUUUCGCGGAUCUGCCACCCCCUCCAAAGGAUCAGGUGCCAACUCCUACUUACAGCUCCAAGUACGAUGUCGAUACCCACUCUGAUUCUUCCCCCACAAGAACAUCACCUGCGUACGUCCACUCAAGUCCUCCCCCAUACAGCAGCAGCCCCGAGUCUAAGACCCACGUACAUGUGUCUCCCCCCCCUGAUGUCCAUCCCCAAUCUUACUCCCCCUACUCUUAUCCAAUCAAGAGUUCGAGUCCAUAUGUCCACAAGCCCACUCCAGCUUAUGGCACACGAAUCACGUCUCCAGGGGAUUUCUCAGACAGUGGAAUUGAGGAGGAGGUGACCCCUAGGCGACCUUCCAUACCCCCUGAGGCAUUCAAGUUCUUCAUUGAGCAGCACAUAGAGAAUGUGUACAAGGCGUACCACCAGCGACAACAGAGGAGGCUGAAACUAGAGCAGGAGAUGGGAAGGAGAAAACUUGAUGAAGCCACUUCAGAGCAAAUGAGACGUAUCCUAUACCAGAAAGAGUCCAAUUUCCUGCGGAUCAAGCGAGCGAAAAUGGAUACUGAGAUGUUUGACACGGUGAAACCCUUGGGCAUUGGUGCAUUUGGAGUUGUAUCUCUUGUUCGUAAGACCGACACAAACAAACUGUACGCAAUGAAGACUCUACGAAAGGCUGAUGUUUUGAGACGAAACCAAGUAGCCCAUGUGAAGGCUGAGCGUGAUAUUUUAGCAGAGGCUGACAAUGAGUGGGUGGUCAAGCUGUUCUUCUCCUUCCAAGACUCUGAGAACCUCUUCUUUGUGAUGGAGUACAUUGCUGGUGGAGAUAUGAUGAGUCUCUUGAUCAAGCUAGGCACUUUCCCCGAGCACCUCACACUGUUCUACAUUGCUGAGCUUGUGUGUGCCAUAGAGUCGGUACACAAGAUGGGAUUCAUCCAUCGUGACAUCAAACCUGACAACAUCCUCAUUGGUGGUGACGGCCACAUCAAGCUAACAGAUUUCGGUCUAUGCACCGGUUUCCGAUGGACCCACGACUCCAAACGAUACCUCCCUAAAGGCCACCAUCAAAGACAUCACUCUAUGGAGCCAGGGCAGUGGGAUGACGAGGUUCCUGUUAAGCCUCUGGAGGUGGCCAGACUGACGGACGGAGCUCGCAAUCGUGCCAUUGCUCACUCUCUAGUGGGAACCCCAAACUACAUUGCUCCAGAAAUUCUUAGACGAGAGGGGUACAGGCAGCCAUGUGAUUGGUGGUCUGUCGGAGUCAUCAUGUACGAGAUGUUGAUAGGCCAGCCUCCAUUCAUGGCCCCCACUCCUGCUGAAACUCAGCUCAAGAUAAUCAACUGGUCACAACACCUGCAUAUUCCUCGGCACGCUGUUCUCUCGCCAGCUGCUGCUGACCUUAUCGUCAAGUUCUGCUGUGACCCUGAACACAGAAUCGGGAAAAAAGGAGUUGACGAGAUCAAGCGUCAUCCGUUCUUUUCGGCCAUUGACUGGAGUGUGGGCAUCAGAAAUUACGAGCCUCCCUACAUUCCCAAGGUUAUGUUUGAAACUGACACAUCAAAUUUUGACCCCAUACCCCAAGGACAGCUGCAGAAACUCAACAAGAAACAACAUGAUGUGUCGUCUCUACCUAAAGGACAACCAGAACAUGCCUUUUACGAGUGGACAUUCAUUCGAUUCUAUCCAGAGCGUACUGGUCAAGGCAAACGCCCUACAGUUACACCAUCAUCUGUGCACAACAAUGGCACUAGCUCUUACACGUCACAUGCCUCAAACGACCACCCCCCACCCCCUUCACCCACAACUACUUCUUCAAAGGAUAAGAGGUCACAGCCGGUCUAUGUCUGAGUUAAUAUGCGUCGAUUAGGUAAUUAUCUAACAGUACUAUAAUUUUAUAGAUCCCAUUUUUGAUCUCACCUUUAAGGGAUUUUCACAAACUCUAAUAUUAUUUUUGUGGUCGCACUUUGUUUUCAUUGUUUUCCUUGUGGCUCUCAACCAGAACUAAAAUUCAGUCUCUAUUAAAUUUUUAUGUUUACCAAUUCAGAUUCAGAUUCCAUUCUUGUUUUAUAUUGAAAUUCUGUGGUUUCCUGUCAAAGAUUGUUUCUGAACAAGA